CUCAGCCUCGUCGCCGCAUUCCUGAAGUCCAUCUUCGACUGGCACACCGCUUCAUGACCUUCCCUUCCAGAUUGACUCUGGGCCCAUCCCUCAAUCGGCUCCUUCGCAGAUUCUCACAACUCACCUCUCAGCUUUCCACAACACAGCCUUCUCCGUUCACCAUGGAUCCAGCCCUUCGAUCCCACUACCUCGCAGACAACCCUCCUACAGUGGUUCAGUUGGAGAUCGCUCCCCAUUUCUCUGCCCUGACACCCAAACAGAAAAGAUAUGCACACCACCUUAGUCGGGCCGCAUUCCAUGGCACUCGUGUGACUUUGGCCCAGGUAUCCCCAGAGUCUCCCAUCAUCUACGACCUUAUCAUGGCCCUGCAUCGUGCCUGCGGCGGCGACUAUAAGAAACUGUCCGAGACUACUUCCGUCCCCUCCUCCGACGUGACGCUCUGGCUGGAGUAUUCCGCGCAGUUUCUCGGCAAUUGUGGCAAUUACAAGGGGUUUGGCGAUUCCAAAUUCAUUCCCCGGAUUUCACCUGAAACGCUGAAGCAACUCUGUGGUGUGAACCAGGAAUGCAAGAGUCUACAUGACAAAGCGGUCCAGACAGGAGGAGGCAUCUACGAGACCAAAGAUGUUGCUUUGAUGCAUCUAGGAUAUCCCGAGGCAGGACACAUGACGACGUAUUACCCAGAUUCGCCGAAUAUCACCAAAGAAGAGAUCUCGAUCGUGGGUGACGUGUUGGAGGAGAAAAAGCUACUCAUAGAGAACACUCGUUUACGAAAGCUGCCGUCUGGAGACUUCGACCUGCUCAUUGCAUCGGGCAUCUCGAAUCCUCCACCGGAAGAGCGGGACUUGGGCGAUGUAUCCUCUAUUCCCUUGACGGGCAAGCUUGCAGGAAAGAAGCUGAACCUCGUUUUCGGUGACCAUCAAAAUGAAAUGGCCAAAAUCGCGGUUGAAAUCAAGAAGGCCCGCAAGGAGGCUGCCAACCAAACCGAAGAGAAGAUGCUUGACGAGUACGCCAGGCAUUUCGGGACUGGCAGCAUCCAAGCGUUUGUGGAGUCCCAGCGCUACUGGAUCAAAAACAAGAAGCCUACGGUGGAGACAGACAUCGGAUUCAUCGAAACAUACCGUGACCCUCACGGAGUGCGCGGCGAAUGGGAAGGGUUCGUUGCAUUCGUCAACCAGGAGAGAACGCGGGCCUUUGGUAAAUUGGUCGAAGCAGCGCCGAGCAUGAUUCCCAAACUGCCAUGGAGCAAAGACUUUGAGAAAGACAAGUUCCUCAGUCCGGACUUUACUUCCCUGGAAGUCUUGACCUUUGCGGGAAGUGGCAUACCGGCGGGUAUCAACAUUCCCAACUACGAUUUCAUCAGACAGAACGAGGGGUUCAAGAACGUCAGUCUGGGCAACGUGUUGAGUGCAAAAGCCCCCAACGAACCUAUCCCGUUCAUCCGCAAAGAAGACGACCAAGUCUACCGCAAAUACCGGGACCCGGCAUUCGAGGUCCAAGUCGGCAUCCACGAACUGCUCGGCCACGGCUGCGGCAAGCUCCUUCAAGAAACGGCUCCUGGCGAGUACAACUUCGACAGCAAAAACCCACCAGUAAGUCCCGUUACCAAAAAGCCCAUCACCUCCUGGUACAAGCCCGGCCAGACCUGGUCGAGUGUGUUUGGGUCGAUUGCUUCGUCGUACGAAGAAUGUCGCGCCGAGUGUGUCGCCAUGGCUCUGUCGUGCGACUUCGACAUUCUCAAGAUUUUUGGGUUCGGGGACGGCACAGAAGACCUCAACAAUGAGGCCGGCGACGUCUUGUACGUCGCGUAUCUUCAAAUGGCUCGCGCUGGCGUCGCAGCUCUCGAGUACUGGGACCCCAAGAGCCGCAAGUGGGGCCAGGCCCAUAUGCAGGCGCGGUAUUCAAUCUUACGGACUUUCUUGGAUGCCGGCGGGAAUUUUUGUCGAAUCAAAGCUCCAAACGGAGAUCUGAAUAACCCCGAUGACCUCGAGAUAUUCUUGGACCGCAGCAAGAUCCUGUCGCACGGCCGUCCCGCAGUCGAGGCGUAUCUGCAGAAACUGCACAUCUACAAGGCCACGGCGGAUUUUGAGGCCGGCAAGAAGUUGUAUGAUGACAUCACGAGCGUCGAUGAAUGGUGGGCCGGGAAGGCGAGACCAAUCGUGCUCAAGAAGAAGACUCCUAGAAAAGUGUUUGUCCAGGCUAAUACGGUGUUGGAUGAGAACACCGGAGAAGUAAAGUUGGUCGAGUACGAGCCAACCAUCGAGGGGAUGGUCAAGAGUUAUUUCGAACGCGACGUCUGAGUUGAGCAGCAUAGAACGGCAUUUUCUACGGGGUUGUUUGGCAUUUUGCAAAGCGACAGCAAAGCAAUGAGAUCCAGGCAUGUUCUAAAAAGACAGGGGUCAGGGGUGAUGUGGGCUCGCGAGCAUCGUGACCGAAAGACGAAAUCAACGAAAUAAAAACAUGGCAAAAUACGUAUGACUUGUGUGAUACAAUGCUAUAGAGACAUCGUACUGUGCAGACCAAUGUGUAGAUGGGUAUUGACUUCUGGUUCCCGCGACAAGGUGGCACCGUUCACAGCUCUAGCGUAGCACCAGGCUGAAUACAGCGUGAGACGCCAGAACCAACGCGGACCAUUUUUACGCAAGAAAAAUGAGCAGCAGCAAAGCACGCCUUGGCUGCGAGAGCCGGAGUUUUAUUGACAUGGUGACAUUCUUGAUAAAUUAAACAUAGCCCGAAAUCAACCGA